UCCCACCCUUAACCCCCCAAACUUCCCUUCUUAUAAUUUUGAUUUGAAAGCUUUCUCUCAAUCAAUCGCCAUUCUCCAUGCCUAAGAGAGUUCUUUGCAAGUUCUUUGCUCAUGGAGCAUGCCUCAAAGGGGACCAUUGUGAAUUUUCUCAUCAUUGGAAGCAUCCUCCGAAUAAUAUAUGCACAUACUAUCAGAAAGGAAACUGCUUUUAUGGUAGUCGGUGCAGAUAUGAACACGUCAAGGCUUCACAAUCAGAUCCGUCGGCUUCAUCUUCGUCCACAGCACCUGAUUCUGUACCUUUACCUCCUUCAAAAACUGCAUCUGUUGGGUCGGUUGUAUCUUUAGCUGCUUCCACCAAGUUUCCUGAUUCCAGUAGAGAUUUCGUUGCUCCACAAGAAGGGAAUUUGGAAUCUGUGCCUCGGGAUCUAUCGGAUAACUGUGAACCUGUUGAGCCUAGGAGCAAUAAUCCUGUUGAACGUUCUAUCUGCUCAUUUGCCGCAGCUGGUAAUUGCCCCCUUGGAGAAAAAUGUCCUCAUAUUCAUGGAGACUUGUGUUCCACCUGUGAAAAGCAUUGUUUGCAUCCUUUUAGACCUGAACAAAGGGAGGAACAUAUGAAAAUGUGCAAGAAGAAGCAAAAAUAUCUUAAUGCAUUGAAACUUAGUCAAGAAAUAGAAUGUUGUGUGUGCCUGGAUCGUAUUCUCUCAAAGCCCACAGCAGCUGAGCGUAAGUUUGGAAUUCUUUCGGAAUGUGAUCAUCCAUUCUGCAUAACAUGCAUUAGAAAUUGGCGUAGCAGUUCUCCUUCCUCUGGAAUGGAUGUCAAUACUGCCUUGAGGGCUUGCCCAAUCUGCCGCAGGCUAUCAUAUUUCGUCAUUCCAAGUGUCAUUUGGUAUUGGACUAUGGACGAAAAACAGCGAAUUGUUGAUGGCUACAAGGCAAAAUUGAGGUCAAUAAAUUGCAAGCACUUUAACUUUGGAAAUGGGAACUGUCCUUUUGGGAAUAGUUGUUUUUACAAGCAUGCAUAUCGAGAUGGUCAAUUGGAGGAAGUGGCUUUAUGUCAUCUUGGAGUUGAAGAUGGGCAGACCAUCAUAACUAAAAAUAUUAGGUUGUCCGACUUUCAUAGUGACUAUGGACAUUAGGUGAAUGUUCGCAACAUUUACUAGAGUGUGAGUAACUCCGAUAUCUAAAUAAUGCAAGGACCUAUAUGCAGCUUUGAUGAAAAAAGUUAUUUCUUCAGUUUUUACUGUUGCUCUCCACAUCAAAAGGAUUGUUGAUAAGAGAAAUCAAGCUUGGAAUCAUGGGGGUGUGCGGGGCUAUGCAAUAUAAAGUGCAAUCUUCUGUUAUAAUGAUGGAUGGAUAAAUAUAAAUAUAAUGUUGAAAGCAAGUAAUGGGAAUGGGAUGUAUUUAGUAGCCAUUGGUGAUUAAUUUGAGUAAUGGAUGUGAGUGGCAGUGAAAAAUGCUGCAUGCUUCCCUUAAUCAAGUGGGACGCUUGGAGCUGUAUCUUGUGGCUCUCGUCUUUCUGGCAGAGCUAUAGAGAGAUGAGAAGUGAAAAAUGGAGCAGCAGAAGCAGUGUUGUAUGUUGAAAUAUUCAGGGUUCCCAUGCUUUGAUCCUGUAUUUGUAAUGUGCUGAAUAUUGUGUACACAUUGGCUUUUGGAUAUGAAUACAUACAAGCUCCCAAUACCUUAUACU